AUGCCACCAAGUUCAGGAGAAUUAUGGGAGCAUCAUCUGAUGCCCCAGCAGGUGGAAGUGGAUUGCCUGUUGCCCACUGGUGUUCUGGUUCCACUCAUCUGUACCCGUGACUCCACGCUGGAGACCAUCAAAAAGGAUUUGUGGCAUGAAGCAAAGAAGUAUCCACUAUUCCACAAGUUGAUGGAGCCAGGAUCUUACAUAUUCCUGUCAAUCACACAAGAUGCAAUGAGGGAAGAAUUUUACGAUGAGACUAGGCGACUGUGUGACCUGCGUCUGUUUCAACCAAUACUGAAGGUCAUGGAGCCCGAGGGAAAUAAGCAUGAAAAAAUGUUGAAUUAUGAAAUAGGUAUGCUUAUUGGCACCCCUGUGAGUGAAUUCAAUGAGAACAAAGAUUUGGAGGUGAUCACUUUUCGAAGGAACAUACUGCAGUUGUGCAAAGAAAUUGUGGACAAAAGGGACCAGAGUGGUGAUCAUGCUAGAGCUUUGUAUUUCUACCCACCAGACAUAUCAUCAGAUGAGCUGCCACCACACCUGCAGGAGAAGCUCAAACUGUUUACAGAAAACUCCAUAAUUAUCUGUGUAUGGGUGGUAUCAGAUGACAACAACCGCACCAAGUACACAGUCAAAGUUACACACACAGCUGUUCCUAGUGAUGUUAUCGCCGAGACCAUCCGGCGGCGCAGUCGGUUUAUGAACAUGAGCCGGGAGCAUGCGGAGAGGUGCAUUGAGGAGUAUCGCUACAUGUAUGUGCUGAAAGUUUGUGGCUGUGACCAGUUUUUGCUGGCUGAGUGUGCCAUUAGCCGGUACAAGUAUAUCAGAGAAUGCCUGGCCAGGGAUCUUAUACCUCAACUGAUGCUGCAUACGAAAGAGAAUGUGUAUGCCACCUUGCCCGAGACGAAAUUCUUUGAGCCAUCCUACACACAGAAAGGUAUCCAAGCUCUGGCCGAAAUCAACAACAUACCAACAUUGUCAAUAUGGGAAGUGCAUGCGGUGCUGAGAAUUAGGAUCAACUGUGCUACUUAUGUUAACAUUAAAGAACUUGGUCGGAUUUACAUUCGGGCCUGUAUAUAUCAUGGUACUGAAGCACUCUCUGAGGCUAAGAACACAAAAGAGGUGGAAUCUUCAAGUCCUCGAUGGGAUGAGUGGCUGGAGUUCUUGAUGGUGCCAGAUUUGCCUCGUUCAGCAAGACUUUGCUUGUCUAUCUGCUCAGAGUCCAAGCGGAGGAACAGAAAAGUGCAUUAUGCUUUAGCUUGGGGCAACUUGCAGCUGUUUGAUUUCAACAAGCGACAUCUGCGGGACAAGUACAGCCUCUACCUGUGGUCGAUGCCUCAAGGAAUGGAUGACCUGCUGAACCCUAUUGGAAUCACUGGGUCUAACCCCAACAAAGACUGUCCUUGCUUGGAGAUUGAGUUUGAUCGUUUUUCCCAGCCCUUGUCGUACCCGCCUGACUCCCAUUUCACCCAGCUGGCACAGAUUGUCAUGCUGAAGGACAAACAGAGCAGACUGCCUGACACUGUGACAGAAGCCGAGCUUGAAAUGUUAGACGAAAUUGCAGAGAAGGAUCCACUAUCUGACCUGUCUGAACAAGACAAAAGCUUGCUGUGGAAGCUCAGGGAGAAGUGUCUGACUCGUCCAAGGGCUCUGUCAAAACUACUUUCUGCAGUUCAUUGGUGGGAUAGAGAAAAUGUUGCCCAGCUGUACGUGUUGCUGAAGUCCUGGCCAAUUAUACCAGCGGAGAUUGCUUUAGAAUUGCUAGAUUGCUCUUACACAGAUCUGCAUGUACGAGAAUUUGCUGUCAGGUGUUUGGACAAAGGACUUCAGGAUGACAAACUGGCACAGUACUUACUGCAGUUGGUGCAGGCUAUCAAGUAUGAACCCUACCAUGACAACCCAAUAACUCGAUUUCUGCUCAAAAGGAGUCUUCUCAGUCAGAGAAUUGGCACUAUGUUUUUCUGGCAUCUCAAGUCAGAAAUGCACCAGACAUCAAUACGUCUCAGAUUCGGACUGAUUCUGGAGGCCUAUUGUCGAGGAUGUGGUCCUUAUUUGAAAAAUCUGGCCAAGCAAGUUGAAGCAUUAGAUAAAUUGACCAAACUUUCAGACAUGCUGAAGCAUGAGAUUACUAGUGAUGAACACAUGAAGUAUCUGCACAUGCAGCUUCAGCAGCCUGAUUACAAGGAGGUCUUGCAAGGUCUUCACAGUCCACUGAAUAUUUCUCAUGUGCUAGGGGACAUCUGUCUGGAAGAGUGUUCAGUGAAAACCAGCAAGAAGCUGCCCCUCUGGUUGGUGUGGUCUAACCCUGAUGCCAUGGCGGAUAUCGGGGAUCAGUUCUACAGCAUCAUGUUCAAGAAUGGAGAUGAUUUACGGCAGGAUAUGCUGACGCUUCAAGUUAUUCGCUUGAUGGAUACAAUCUGGAAGAACGAAGGGUUGGACUUAAGGAUGAUACCCUACGGCUGUUUGUCAACUGGCAAGGACGUGGGUGUCAUUGAGAUUGUGAAAAAUGCAAAAACAAUCACAGCAAUCCAGUCCCAAGGUGGGGCCCUGUCGUCUAUUCAGAUUGAUUCCUCGCAGCUGCACAAGUGGAUCCGGGAAAAGAACCCAGAUAGGUACGAGUAUUCCAUUGAGUUGUUUAAACGUUCUUGUGCUGGAUACUGUGUGGCCACGUUUGUUCUUGGCAUUGGAGAUAGGCACCCUGAGAACAUUAUGGUCACAUCAGAGGGACAGGUGUUCCAUAUUGACUUUGGCCAUUUUCUGGAUCACAAGAAGAAGAAGUUUGGAAUCAACAGGGAGCGAGUUCCCUUUGUGCUUACUGAAGAUUUUAGGAAGGUUAUAGCCAAAGGUGCAGAUAAGCCAGCCAAACACCCAGGAUUCAAAGA